UGGUGCUGUGGUGGGUGGGUGUGCUCCUCGGGAAUACUUCUUGCCCGCUCGCGCCUUCGACCUGCUCCAGCCGUGCGUGACCCGGGCUGACCUCACUCUGUCCAGCGGUGCCGUCCCCCAAGGCCGCAAGAUGCCUAUGUUCACAAAGUUGGGCCACAAGACGUCCACGGCGGCCAAGUCCAGCGGCCAGAGCGCUGCCAAGGCCACAGCCGCCACCGCCAAGACGCCCACAAGCAGUGGCGGAAAACACGUGCUCGACAACACCCGAUGGCAGAAGCGGCUACAGAAGGAACUCAUGUCUCUCCUGAAGGAACCACCUGCGGGAGUCACCGUAGACGUGGACACCGCACACACAAAACUGACCGAGUGGGUGGUCCACAUGGAGGGCGCGGCCGGCACCCUGUAUGAGGGGGAGAAGUUCCAGUUACAGUUCAAAUUUUCGCCUAAAUAUCCGUUUGAUUCUCCGGAGGUGAUCUUCGUCGGCGACAACAUUCCGGUCCACCCACACAUAUAUUCCAACGGCCACAUCUGCCUCAGCAUCCUGACGGAGGACUGGUCGCCGGCCCUGUCAGUCCAAGCCAUCUGUCUGUCAAUUAUCUCCAUGCUAUCCUCGUGUAAAGAGAAGAAACGGCCACCAGAUAAUAGUUACUACGUGAAAACAUGCAGUGCCAAUCCUAAAAAAACAAAAUGGUGGUAUCAUGAUGAUACAGUAUGAUACCAUGAUUCUGAUUGCCUCAUUAGCCCCUGACCUUCAGUGACGAUUGUCUGUGCUAACGAAAGAGAGAAAUCUUCACUGCUGGGUGAUAGGCCAUUAUGUCAUAAACUUUAGAGGUGCUGAUUGUAUAAGAACUGUAGACAAAGUGUGUGUAAAGUACAUCAAGUGUGUGCAGAAGUAUGGUUUACAGACACUGUGUGAGCUAAAGGAUGAAAGAAAUCUGCUGUGCAUUGCUCACAACCCCCCUUUAUAGUGACAAAGUGGAAAUUACUGGAAAUUAGGAGUGCAAGUGAAUAUUUAGGCAUUACUAGAAGACAUUACAUAUGUAUGAUUUUUAUUAAAAGAAGAGGAUGAAUGAGACAGUGCUUCACUUUUGAAUAUUAGAUGUAGAGAUAUAAAUCUCUUUGGCAAUACUUUGCCAGCUACACUGAAAAUAAAUGCAAAGUCAACCAGUGUUAUUAUAAAACCUUUUUAGUAUUUUUGUGAUGCUGCAGUAAGAUUUUUUAUUAUACAGAUACAACAUGGAGUAAUGAUGAUCCUUGAGGCCAAAGUUCUUAAAUUUUACUUUGAGGAAAGAAAAGUAUUAUAGGUGUAGAAUCAUGAAGUUCUGUUCAUUGCAACUACCCAGUGUUAUUGAGCUCCUUUAGUGUAGCAUCUGCACAAAGCAACUUAUAACUUAGGCCAGUCAUCCAUCAGUCCAGGUACCUUAUUAUCUUUCAAUAGACACACCUUAUAAAUAUUUUAAACUUUCCAACAGUUCACCUAAGUAACAGUGUUCUGUGAAGUAGCAAGUGUUUGUAGGUACCGAAAAUUAAUGGAUGUUUUAGUAGAACCAAGAGCUUUGAUGCCAAAGGAGUUCUAUUUUGAUGAAAAGUUAAUCUUAAAAAAAUAAUUUUACGUUUUUUCUUAAUUUCAUGGGAUUAAUCACAUAUUCUUGGGGAUUAUUAGAUGAAAUGCUUGGAGAUAAAAGGAAAUUCUAGGUUCAAAUGAAACAAUGAAAAUUUGCACCUUGCAUCUGUGGCUUUCAGAUUUCAGUGACUUUGUGACUUAUUUUCUCAUAAUAUUUAAGAAUUUAGGCCUUGGAUUUGUUGCAAAUUUGAUUUAGCCAUCUGGCAUCUCUUCUGCACUGGUGCAUUCUACUGUAUGUGAGUUGUGCAAUUAUACUUUCGCUAAGAUAACACUUUGACAGCAUAUCACUACAAAGCAACUCCAUACAUUAGUUUAAAGUAUGAACAGAGAGAAUGCAUCAUUUAAAGUGAUUGAUCUCCCUUUGGUUCACCCGUCUCAUUUCUAUCCAAUAAUCUUUUUGAUUUAUUCAGCAAGUAAGUUAAUUGUAUUAAAGUUAUGACAUACUUUCCAAAAUUCAUUGUAUUGUGAUAUUUCUUCUACUUUAAGGUACCAGAUAAAGAUGUUCUGUAUGAUUCUUGUAUAGAGGAUGUUUUUUCAACAUAUUACUACACAAUGCCAUAUUUAGAUUGAAGUUUUGCAGUCAAAUGAUACAGUCUUGCUGAAACUUGGUGAUUUUAGUUACUGUUUUUCUGACAAUUCCUAUUUAUCAAAGCAUGUUUUUAUUUACCUAUACAAAAUUGAGUCAGCAAUACUUGAAUAAAGAUGUUGGAAGUUAGUGAUAACAAAAACACAUUAACAUGUCAACAAGUGAAAGAAAACACAUCCACAGUGAGAGCUAAUUUAUAAUUCUACAGUUAACAUUACAUCAUAGUGUAAACUAUUGCGUCAUCCCAUUUUACAACUAUGUUCUCUAUCAAAUUGAUCUGUUCUUCUCUUAGGGUUGAAAUAUGACCGUUGCCAGUACCCAGUACCACAGAUAAACUGCAAGCAGGUAGUAGUCUAGCCUGCUAGUGAUGAUUCUCAGAUUGUGAUAGAUCUUCACUCCUGAAUUUUCAGUGUUGUUAAUGCAUAUCACAGGAUAGUAUUGUACUGUAAAAUGAAUGGCCAAUUGUCAUGUGGUUCUGUGAUUUUUUUCUUAAGCUAGUUGUACAGUAUUUCCAAUACUGCAGUAUUAUAAAUUGAUAAUCAAAUAUUACUUUCUAAAGACUGACAUAAUAUUUCUAUAUGUAAUCAAUGGACAACGGUGUGAUUUUGCAUCAAAACACAGGGUGUCUUUUUUUCAAUAGCAUAAUCAUUUGCAAUGAACAUAUUUGCUUUUAUUAGUGAUUGUGAAUAUUUUUUCUGAUGAUUAUGUGAAUUGUUUACACACAUUUCAUAUGCGUUAUUUAUGCUUCUGUAAACACAUUAAUUCCUAAGGACCUUCCUAUUUCUUCAUGUUUUGCUUUAAACAGUAAUUUGAUGGUUUUCAGAAUCAUGUUGGGAUACAAUCAACCCUAGUGUGAAGUUAAUUCAUUAUAAUGGCAAUUAAAUACUUAUUUGUUAUAUCAUAAAUCAGUGCUUUUACUUUUCACCUUUUUUUUUUUUUUUUUUUUUAAAAGCAAAGGUAUGUUUAACAGAUUCAAAAUAAUAUUCUAUAUUGGCUUCAGUGUAUUACUUUCACCUUCUCUAAAAAAUAUUUGUAUUACAGGGAUGGUUUGCAAAGUUGCUGAUAUUGUUGAAUGAAGUGAUUUAGGAAUUCCAUCUUCAGUACUUGUCAAGUUCAUCAUUCCAUCAAUUAUAGUUUUGUUGCAAGUGUUUUAUAUCAUUGUACUUACUGUAAUAAACAUUGAUUUCAGAA